AUGGAGUCUUGGGGAUUGAAAACUUGUGAUGCUCAAGAACAACGAGAGAAGACAUUGGAUACUGUGUCGUACUUGGGCUCUAGUUCCGAGUUUGAUUCAGACUUAGAUGUCCAAGAAAAUUCAGGGUCAGAUUUGGGUUCGAGUUCUGAUUUGGAGUUAGAAUUAUAUUCUGAUCACGAGUCAGAUGAUAAUGUGAAGAAAUCAAGGGCAAUUGACAAGGAACAAGCUAGGCAAGAGUGGGAAGCAUGCCAAGAUUUGCUGCUCAACAUCCAAGAAGAAUCUGAUGGAUUUAUACUCCCAACAGAAGAGGAGCUUGAACAAGAGGCUAAUCAACCUCCUGAUCUUCCAAGCCUUCAAAGGAGGAUAAAAGAAAUUGUGAGGGUGCUUUCAAACUUUAAGGAUUUGAGACCAAAACAAGGGGCAAGGAAUAAUUACAUUGAUCAGCUGAAGACGGACUUGUCCUUAUACUAUGGCUAUAAUGAGUUCCUUAUAGGGAUGUUGGUGGAGAUGUUUCCAGUUGAUGAUCUAUUUAGCCUUAUAGAAGCCUUUGAAAAGCCUCGCCCUAUUUGCAUAAGAACAAACACCCUGAAGACACGUAAACGAGACCUGGCUGAUGUUCUUUUAAAUAGAGGAAUGAACAUAGAACCUGUUAACAAGUGGUCUAAGGUUGGGUUGGUUGUGUAUGACUCACAAGUGCCAGUUGGUGCCACUCCUGAAUAUAUGGCUGGUCACUACAUGCUUCAAAGUGCAGCUUCUUUUUUGCCUGUGGUGGCCUUAGCUCCACAAGAGAAAGAGAAAGUUGUGGAUAUGGCGGCUGCUCCUGGCGGGAAGUCCACUUAUAUUGCAGCUCUCAUGAAAAAUACUGGUAUGGUUGUAUAUCUUUUCUCACUAAUGUGGUUUCAACUUAUCUUAUUUAUGUUAGAUUGCUUAAUACAUUUUCUCCCAAGUCUACCACAAGUGCUAGGAAGGAAUUCAUGUGAUAGAGUGCUAUUGGAUGCACCUUGCAGUGGUACUGGGGUGAUAUCCAAAGAUGAGUCUGUUAAAUCUACCAAAAGCUUUGAAGAAAUCCAGAAGUGUGCACAUUUGCAGAAGCAACUUCUACUGGCUGCUAUUGAUUUGGUUGAUGCAAAUUCCAAAACUGGAGGAUUUGUUGUGUAUUCAACAUGCUCUAUCAUGGUUAUGGAGAACGAAGCAGUUAUUGACUAUGCCUUGAAGCGCAGGAAUGUAAAGCUAGUUCCGUGUGGAAUUGAUUUUGGCCGUAAAUGUGAAGGAUAUGCUCGCUUUAGACAGUACCGGUUUCAUCCAUCGUUGAAAUUGACAAGGCGCUUCUACCCAAACGUUCACCAAUUGGAUGGCUUUUUUGUGGCCAAGCUCAAGAAAAUUAACAACACGCAGCCUAGACAAAGCUCCUUUGAGGUGCCUGAAAAUGUAGAGCAGGAUGCCGUUUACUAUGACACUGAGGAAACUGUUGAAAAGAAAACAAAGAAACGCAAGAGGAUUAAUGAUAAGGCACAAGAAAAGCAGCCCCCAAAGAACAGAAAACUACAUAUUAGCCUUGUGGAAAAUGGGAUUGAAGAAUCUCUAUCAACUCCCACCCCAAAGAAGGUGAAAAAGGGCAAUCAGGGCAAAUUGAUGGAUGAUUUCUGUAUCAUGAAGCAACGAUUUGUGGAGGGCUUUUGUUCAAGGAACUACUGUUUGAAGAAUCCUUUGCGCCGGAGUUAUGAAGUUAUGUGGCGGUUGGAUUCCAUAGUUGUUGCUAACUUGGUUGCUUAUGGUGACUUCCAUAUACAGAGGAAUAAAAAUGUAUUAGGAUUAGGAGUGUUUAUGGUGUUUUGGAUCGUUGAAAUGGACAUUGAUUUCAUGUGUUUUGCUGGUUUGAUGUGCAAGUUAUGCUGCCUUUGUUUGCUGGUCAAGUAUCGCGGGUUUCUUUUCCCUUGCUGCUGGAAUGAGUUUUCUGAGUUUGGGUUAUCUUGUCUGGCCUUCUAUACGCUAAAAAAAUGCUCUCCUGAAUUGCUUAUGUUCUGGUUAGAUUCAAUUGUUUCAGCUUUUAGACAAGCUUGCUUGUCUUCUGCUGGGGUUGUGGCAUGUUUGGAAUUGCCAACUCCUCUUUACACUCUGUAUGUGAAUGGUGAGAAUGCUGUUGAGCUGCACCUUGAUACGGGUGACGUGUUAGGGUCGUAUGUGUACAAUAGUGGUGCAGCUGAUACCCUCAAAGCCUCAAUUGAAAAGGCGUCUGAGCAGGCUCUGAGGGGGCUGAGGGCUGAAUGUGGUGUCUAG